GGGCGCGUUGGCGGGAAUCCGCGGGCGGCCGCAGGGCUGUGGGGAGUGCGGGCCGGCCCGGGCCGGACCUAAAGCGAGCGGAGCGGAGCCGAGCGCUCUUUGUUGUCUCGGCUCGCCGCCGAGUCCUGGCCGGCAGCGGUGACACGGCCCCGGGAUGUCCCAGGAGAACCUUCUCGGCAUGGACGAGGGAGCGCUGCGGAAGCUGCUGGAGGCAACGCUGGACCUGACUGAGCGGCGCCGCAUCCGCUCAGCCAUCAGGGAGCUGCAGCGGCAGGAGCUGGAGCGGGACGAGGAGGCGCUGGCAUCCAAACGCUUCCGCCCAGAGCGUGGCAGCCACCGACAGGACGACAAAGAGAACUGGCCGCGGUCCCAGUGCCUGGAGGAGAAGCAGCAGGCAGCCCUGGCUGCCUUGUCCCAGCAGCUUGAAGCCAUCACUGAUGUGGAGGAACUGACAAAACUGCUGCGGGCAGCAGGUGAGUAUGAGGAGCGCAAGCUGAUUCGAGCUGCCAUCCGCAAGCUGCGGGCUGAGGAGAUUGAAGCUGCAACCCUGGCUGGGAACACACAGAGCAGCCGAAGGGACAGCAGAGAGCCUCCUGCAGUGCCUGGGGAUGCAAAAAGCAGCCGGAGGGAUGAUGCUGAAACACCAGCCCUAGCUGACAGUGGGAAGAACAGCCAGAGGGGUGAUACUGAGCUGCCAGCCCUGGAUGUGAGUGGGGAGAGCCAUGACAAGGGCAGUGCUGAGCCCCUGGCUACAUCUAGGAGUGGGGACACCAGCCAGCAGGAUGAUGCAGAGCAGCCGGUGCUGGCUGGGCCAGAAGACAGUGGCCACAGGGGUGCUGCAGAGCAGCCCCCUGCCCAGGAGGCCAAAGGCUCAGUGGCCCACAGGCAAGAUGACAUGGUGGAGCGGGAGAAUGUCCCAGCUGGGAUGCAGGAGCUAUGCAGACAGCAGGCGGGAGACCCCCAGAAACCCAGCACCCAGGCUGUGGUCUUGGGGACCCUUGUGGUCCUGGAGCUGCAGCCGGCCCAGGAGCCUGGUCUGGAGCCUGAAGAUGGUGGCAAGGAGCCGGCGCAGGGCCAGCUGUGCUCCCUGGAUGCAGCCCAGCCCAAGGGGCAGCACCAGGCAGCUUGGAAGGAAGGGAGCCCCGGCAGCCCUGCCACAGCCCAGGAGCCUGGUGGAGGGCAAAGCCACCAGGUGGAGCAGCCCAGUGCUGGCAGCCAGUCCCUGCAGCUCGGUGUUGGGGUGCAUGGUCAGGUGCCAGAGCCAACCAGAAGGUGUGGGGAGGCAUCAGUGGUAGCAGUGACCACCCGGGAUGUAGCAGGGACCCCGGUCUGCCUGAACACUCACCAGCUGGAGCAAGCGCCCUCCUGUCUGCGUUUGGCUGGCCGCACAGAGGUGACCCUGGGGCUGCGCAGCACCCCUAUCCGUAUCACCACUGUCCCCAGCAGCGUCAGCAGCCUCUGCAGCAUCAGCAGCAAUGUCACCAAGGUGACACUGGACCCUUGCACAUCCUUUGAGGGCAUUGAGGAGCCUGGUGACCCCGUGGCUCAUCCGCCUGCUUUUUCCAGCAUGCGCCAGCAAUCGGCCCCACACCUCUCCCAGAGCGACAGUGGCAUGGAGCCAGAGGUGGUGGAGCAGCCCCAGGCACCAAGGCUGGAGCCAGAGCUGCCCAAUGGCAUGGAGAAGGUCCAAGUGAGGGAGCUGGAGAGAAGGCGCAAGCUGAACAUCGAGGAGCUGAACAGGAUCGAGGAUGAGGAUGUUCUGGAUAAGAUGCUGGAUCAGACAACAGACUUUGAGGAGCGGCGACUGAUCCGAAAUGCCAUGCGGGAGCUGCGCCAGCGCAAGCGAGACCAGCGGGAGAAGGAGCGGGACCAGCAGCUGCAGGAGAUGAGGAACCAGGCUACAGCAGGGAGGACUGGCCAUGCCACAGAGACCACCACCACGCAGAGCACACAGUCAGCCGAUGGCUCGGCACGCAGCACCGUCACCAAGACAGAGCGUCUCGUCCAGUCUAAUGAUGGCACCAAGACCUCCCGUACCACAACCAUGGAGUCAAGUUACGUGAAGAGAUCAGAUGGUGGCAACAGCACGUUUGUUCAAACCAAAUCAUCCUACAGCUCCUCUUCCAAGAAGACUGGCAGUAUCUUCGACCGUGAAGACGAGAGUGCCUCCAGGCAGAGCAGCCUGGCCGCACUGGAGCGGCGUCAGGCUGAGAAGAAGAAGGAGCUGAUGAAAGCUCAGAGCCUGCCAAAGACAUCGGCCUCACAGGCACGCAAGGCCAUGAUGGAGAAGCUGCAGAAGGAGGGUGGGAGCUCACCAAACCCUGUGGCAGCACGUACUGCUGUGCAGCGGUCCUCCAGCUUUGGCGUGCCCAAUGCCAACAGCAUCAAGCAGAUGUUGCUGGACUGGUGCAGAGCCAAGACCCGGGGCUAUGAGCAUGUGGACAUCCAGAACUUCUCGUCCAGCUGGAGUGACGGCAUGGCCUUCUGCGCCUUGGUCCACAACUUCUUCCCUGAAGCGUUUGACUACAGCCAGCUGACACCCCAGAACCGCCGCCACAACUUUGAGGUGGCCUUCUCCUCCGCAGAGACGCUGGUGGACUGCGUGCCCCUGGUGGAGGUGGAAGACAUGAUGAUCAUGGGGAAGAAGCCGGACUCCAAGUGUGUCUUCACCUAUGUGCAGUCCCUCUACAACCACCUGCGUCGCCAUGAGUUGCGCAUGCGGCAGAAAGAGUGCUAGAGCCUGCCCUGCCUGCCAUCCUGCUGCCCCCUGCCCUCAGGGUUGCCAGCAGGUGCGGAGCUGCCUGCCCUGGGAGGGUCCUGGGGGGCCACAGUACCAGCGCUGGGGGGGGGUGGAGGGGUGGGCUCUGCCACUGGGGCAACCCCAUGCCUCUGCCUUGCUGAAGCUCCCUCUGCCCUCGCUGGCUGUGGACUGACCCUGUGGGCAGGACAAGGCAGGGCAAGGCUGGCACUGCCAGGGAUGCUCCCCAGCUUGGCUUGCCUCCUGUGCUCCAGUGUGUUAAGUUAUUUGUUCUCCAGGAGUUGUUUGUCCCACGGGCAGCACCCCUGGGUCUCUGGGGAGGCUCAGGCAUGGCUGUGUCCUUGGGCCCAGGGCUGGCAUGGGUCAAGGGCUGAGCCUCAGCCAGUGUCACAGCGCAUCCUACAGGUAGCGCACCUGUGAGUGGUUCUCCUUGGCCCCCUGUAAGGAAGUCCCUCUCCCCACAGCUGGCCCUGCUUGGUGCCACCUCCCUGGGGACAGCUUCAUGGCCAUGUGCUGACACCCUGCUUCCCACUGCACUCAUGCACCCUGGGGGGCUGCAGUACCCAUGUGCUGGAGAGCAGGUGGGGAGGUAAGAGAUCCCAGGGGAGCAAGGAGCCCAAAGAGUGAGCUGGGACAGCAGCCCCUGCUCACCUCCCCAGCUUGGCACCGCGUGCUCAGCGCUGCUCCCUGCUCUGUCACCCUCUUUACACCUGCGUUGACACAUGUACCAAUACCAGCCAGACAAUAAAGGUUUAUUCUGUA